CCUAGGCGCCCUGGCCUUAUUGCAGCCGGGGGCGCGCCUCGGGGGGAGUGCGGGACAGCGAGGGAGGCCGAGGCAGGAGCCCUGGACACCCGAGGUCUCCGAACCUGGGAGGUAGCCCGGAGUCCCGGAGCCGGAACGCAGGGAAAAGCAAGGACGGGGCGGCCAGCCGAGGGGCGGGCGCUGCUCAUCAGCCACGCCAGUCACGUCUGGGGCCACACGGCAGUCUAUUUCUUCCUUAUCCCCUUUGCUUUCUUCCCCCUCUUCUGUUGGCGAGGGCAAAGUGGCCGUGGCGGCGCCAUGCCCGGGCCGGAGUGAGUGCGCGCGGGCGAAAAUGGCGUACAUCCAGUUGGAACCAUUAAACGAGGGUUUUCUUUCUAGAAUCUCGGACCUGCUGCUGUGUAGAUGGACUUGCCGCCACUGCUGUCAGAAGUGCUGUGAGUCCAGCUGCUGCCAGUCGAGCGAGGAUGAGGUGGAGAUCCUGGGACCUUUCCCCGCCCAGACGCCACCCUGGCUGAUGGCCAGCAGGAGCAGCGACAAGGAUGGUGACUCUGUCCACACAGCCAGCGACGUCCCACUGACUCCACAGACCAACUCGUCAGAUGGGAGACGCUUGUCUUCAGACACCUCCAAGUCCACGUACAGCCUGACUCGGAGGAUUUCCAGUCUCGAGUCAAGACGACCCAGCUCCCCACUCAUUGAUAUUAAGCCCAUUGAGUUUGGCAUUCUCAGUGCCAAGAAGGAGCCUAUCCAGCCUUCAGUGCUGAGACGGACCUACACUCCAGAUGACUACUUCCGGAAGUUUGAGCCCCGGCUGUACUCCCUUGACUCCAGCAGCGACGAUGUGGACUCCCUGACAGAUGAGGAGAUCUUAUCCAAGUACCAGCUGGGCAUGCUGCACUUCAGUACCCAGUACGACUUGCUGCACAACCACCUGACAGUAAGGGUGAUCGAGGCCAGGGACCUGCCACCCCCCAUUUCCUGCGAUGGCUCGCGCCAGGACAUGGCCCACUCAAACCCCUAUGUCAAGAUCUGUCUCCUGCCAGACCAGAAGAACUCUAAGCAGACUGGGGUCAAGCGCAAGACCCAGAAGCCAGUGUUUGAGGAACGCUACACCUUUGAGAUCCCCUUCCUAGAAGCUCAGAGGAGGACCCUGCUCCUAACUGUGGUGGAUUUUGAUAAGUUCUCACGCCACUGUGUCAUUGGGAAAGUGUCCGUGCCUUUGUGUGAGGUUGACCUUGUGAAAGGCGGGCACUGGUGGAAGGCACUGAUCCCCAGUUCUCAGAAUGAAGUGGAGCUGGGGGAGCUGCUUCUGUCACUGAAUUAUCUCCCAAGUGCUGGGAGAUUGAAUGUUGAUGUCAUUCGAGCCAAGCAACUUCUUCAGACAGAUGUGAGCCAAGGUUCAGACCCUUUUGUGAAAAUUCAACUGGUACAUGGACUCAAGCUUGUGAAAACCAAGAAGACAUCCUUCUUAAGAGGCACGAUUGAUCCUUUCUACAAUGAAUCCUUCAGCUUCAAAGUUCCCCAAGAGGAACUGGAAAACGCCAGCCUAGUGUUUACAGUGUUUGGCCACAACAUGAAGAGCAGCAAUGACUUCAUCGGAAGGAUCGUCAUCGGCCAGUACUCUUCGGGUCCCUCUGAGUCCAACCACUGGCGGCGGAUGCUCAACACCCACCGCACGGCCGUGGAACAGUGGCACAGCCUGAGGUCCCGAGCAGAGUGUGACCGCGUGUCUCCCGCCUCGCUGGAGGUGACCUGAGGGCCACAAAGAAGGCAGAUUUCGUUUG